AUGAAUAAGAAAUCAUUGUAUAUUGGUGUUAUGUCAGGAACAUCAUUGGAUGGAGUAGAUACAGUCUUGGUUGAUUUCAAAAAUGGAAUAACAAGUGAUAUAGAAGUGUUAUGUAGUUACUCAGUUGAGAUGCCAUUAGAUAUAAAACAAAUGAUUCUAUCAAUGUGUCAAGGACAAUCAAUAACAUUACAGACUUUAGGAACAUUGGAUCAUAGACUGGGUUUAUUAUAUUCUGAUGCUAUCAAUGCAUUGAUUGCAAAGUCAGGUGUCGCUAGAGAAGAUGUUAUAGCAGUUGGUUGUCACGGUCAAACGGUUUGGCAUCAACCAAGUGGAGAGCACAGAUUUUCAAUGCAAAUCGGUGAUUGCAAUCUGAUUGCAGAAAGGACCAAUAUCACUGUGGUUGGAGACUUUCGAAGAAGAGAUAUGGCGUGUGGAGGUCAGGGUGCACCACUUGUCCCAAUAUUUCAUCAGUAUCUAUUUGCAAGUAAAUCAUCUCUAGAGAAUAUCGCAGUUUUGAACGUUGGUGGAAUAUCAAAUAUAACAGUUCUUCCAGCUGGUUGCAACGAUGGUGAAGCCGGUUCACUUUUAAUCAGAGGAUACGAUACCGGACCAGGAAAUAUCUUGAUGGAUUCAUGGAUUUCAAAAUGUAAAGGUGAAGCUUAUGAUAAAGAUGGCCGAUUUGCAGAGAGUGGUACAACUUCAACGGAACUGUUGGAUACCUUUUUGUCAAAUGAAUUCUUUAGUAGACAACCACCCAAGAGUACAGGAAGAGAGUUAUUCAAUAUCGAAUGGUUAAAUAACCAAUUGGACUGUUUGACUAAACAGAGAAAUGGCAAUAAAAUUAGCAACCAAGAUGUACAGGCAACACUUUUAGAUUUAACAGUUGAAUCAAUUUCAAGAGAGAUUGAAAAGAUAGGCUGUCAAAAACUGAUAGUUUGUGGUGGUGGAGCAAAGAAUUUGUAUUUCAUGAAAAAACUAUCUGGUAGACUUCCACAAGUUAAAGUAGCUAAAUCCAUUGAAUAUGGAGUGGAUGGUGAUUUAAUUGAAUGUUUAGCAUUUGCUUACCUUGCAGAGUGUACGAUCAAUGGUAAACCAUCUAAUGUUCCAAGUGUAAGUGGUGCUUCUAAACCAUCUAUCCUAGGUGCAAUUUACAUGAAACAAAAAUAA